AUGUGGUGGUCAUUGAGACGUGCCUUACAUGUCUCCGUAUUUCGUGGCUAUCAUACACUUUCCGGAACUAAAAUCGCAAAAAGCAUAAGGGAACAUGCUCAUCGCGAGAUUACAUCAAUACGUAAGAAGCAUCCUGAUUUCAAUCCAACAUUGAAGAUUAUUCAAGUUGGUGAUAGACCCGAUUCUAGUACGUAUAUUCGUAUGAAACUUAGGGCGUCUAAGGAAAGUGGUGUUCAUUGUAUUGUAGAAAAAUUACCAAAGGGAAUUUCUCAAUUGGAAUUGUUAAAUCAAAUUCGUAAAGUCAAUGAAGAUGAAUCUAUGCACGGAUUGUUAAUCCAAGUUCCAUUACCAUCUCAUCUAAAUGAAACCUUGAUCGCUAAUACCGUAUCUCCUGAAAAGGACGUUGAUGGAUUCCAUCGUUAUAACGCUGGUGAAUUAGCAAAGAGAAAGGGGAACCCUUAUUUCUUGCCAUGCACCCCUGCUGGUUGUAUGAGAUUGUUACAAGAGACUCAAAUUGAUUUGGCUGGAAAAUCCGCUGUUGUUAUCGGUAGAUCUGAUAUUGUAGGAAAUCCUGUAGCGUCUCUUUUAAGAAAUCGUAAUGCCACAGUUACCAUGUGUCAUAGCCAUACCACAAAUACCCCAGAAAUCGUUUCCAAGGCUGAUAUUGUCAUAGCUGCAUGCGGGAUUCCAGAAUACGUAAAAGGUGAAUGGUUGAAAUCAGAUGCUAUUGUAAUCGAUGUCGGUAUCAAUUAUAUCGAGGAUCAUACGAAAAAAACUGGCCAGCGAUUGGUGGGUGAUGUUGAAUUUAAUUCUGCUAAGGACCGCGCAUCAUGGAUAACACCUGUACCAGGUGGUGUUGGCCCCAUGACAGUCGCGAUGUUAGUUGAGAAUGUCUUGGCAGCAGCAAAAAGACAGUUGGCUCAACGUGAUAGAAUACCGCAAAUUGAACCUCUUCCUUUACACUUACAAAAUCCGGUACCUUCCGACAUUGAAAUCUCAAGAGAUCAACCCCCAAAACCUAUUACUCAAGUAGCAGAAGAAUUGGGGAUCCACAACAGUGAAUUAGAAUCCUUUGGCCAUUACAAGGCAAAAGUUUCACUUUCCGUUCUUGACAGACUAAAACAUCGUGAAAAUGGUAAAUACGUACUAGUGGCAGGUAUUACACCAACUCCAUUGGGUGAAGGUAAGUCUACAACCACUUUAGGUUUAGUACAAUCUCUAACCGCUCAUUGCGGUAAACCAUCAAUUGCCAAUGUUCGUCAACCAUCAAUGGGUCCUACUUUUGGUGUCAAAGGUGGUGCCGCAGGUGGUGGAUAUUCACAAGUUAUCCCCAUGGAUGAGUUUAACAUGCAUUUGACUGGUGAUAUUCAUGCCAUUGGUGCUGCAAAUAACCUUUUAGCAGCUGCCAUAGAUACAAGAAUCUUUCAUGAGAGUACCCAAAAGAAGGACUCGUCCUUUUACAACAGAUUAGUUCCCAAGAAGAAUGGUCGUCGUACUUUCACACCGUCAAUGUUGAAAAGGUUACAAAAACUGGGGAUCUCAAAGACAAAUCCUGAUGAAUUGACACCCGAAGAAAUUAACAAGUUCGCUAGAUUGAACAUUAACCCUGAUACAAUUGCCAUCAAAAGGGUCGUAGACGUUAAUGAUAGAAUGCUUAGACGUAUCACUAUCGGUGAAGCACCUACUGAAAAGGGCCAUAAAAGAACUACAGGAUUUGACAUUACAGUUGCCUCUGAACUGAUGGCCAUCUUAGCUUUAUCCACCGAUUUGAAGGAUAUGAGACAACGUAUUGGUCGUAUGGUUAUCGGGUCCAAUGUUAAUGAUGAACCUGUCACUGUGGAAGACAUUGGUUGCGCUGGUGCUUUAACCGCUCUACUCAAGGAUACUUUGAAACCUAACUUGAUGCAAUCCCUCGAAGGAACACCUGUCAUGGUUCAUGCCGGUCCCUUUGCCAAUAUCUCCAUUGGUGCCUCUUCCGUGAUUGCAGAUAAGCUUGCCCUAAAGCUUAUGGGUUCAACUUCGAAGACUGAAAACGCUGGUUAUGUGGUCACUGAAGCAGGCUUUGACUUUACCAUGGGAGGUGAAAGAUUCUGUAAUAUCAAAUCUCGUGCAUCUGGAUUGACACCCGAUGCCAUCGUCCUAGUGGCUACCAUUAGAGCUCUUAAAUUACAUGGUGGUGGAUCGGAUGUUAAACCAGGUCAGCCUUUACCACAAGAAUAUGUGCAAGAAAAUGUGGAUUUAGUAGCUAAAGGUUGCUCCAAUCUGUGUAAGCAAAUUUCCAAUGCUUCACAAUUCGGAGUACCUAUAGUGGUGGCUAUCAAUAAGUUCCAAUCUGAUAGUGAUUUAGAAUUGGAAACUGUUCGAAAGGCAGCACUAGAGGCAGGUGCUAUUGAUGCAGUGGCUACUAAUCACUGGGAAAAAGGUGGUUCGGGUGCCAUUGAUUUAGCUCAAGCAGUUAUUAGAGCCACUGACCAACCCAAAAAUUUCCAGUAUUUGUACAAUCUCCACGAUUCAGUGGAAGCUAAAAUGGAAAGUAUUGUAAAGAACUUGUACGGCGCUGCUAAUCUAAGUAUUUCACCAGAGGCGCAAGCUAAAAUUGAUACCUACAAAAAUCAAGGAUUUGGUGAUUUACCGGUCUGUAUUGCCAAGACUCAAUACUCUUUAUCACACGAUCCAUCUUUGAAAGGUGUACCUCAAGGAUUUACUUUUCCCAUUAACGAUGUAAGAGUUUCCGUAGGUGCGGGUUACAUGUAUGCACUGGCGGCUGAGAUUCAAACUAUACCAGGUCUAUCGACCUAUGCAGGUUACAUGAAUGUUGAAGUUGAUGAUGAUGGCAAUAUUCAAGGUUUAUUCUAG